CUGAGAAGCCCUAAGAGUCCCUUGUGCUCUAAGCAUGGUGGGUUGCGAUUGUAUCAGCGAGCUGCCAGAUUCUUUGCUAACUCAUAUACUCUCGUACCUUCCGACCAAAGAUGCCGUUAAGACAAGCGUUUUGUCCAAGAGCUGGAGAUUUCUCUGGCUAGAGGUCACUUCCGAGCUAGACGUAAACGCCGCUGACUUCCUCCGUAACGAAGACGACUCCUCCUUGGUGAGUUUAUUGAACAAAAGACCGUUCCUACGAAAGUUCAAGAUCAGGUAUGACUCUCCCCUAAGAAUAAAAAGAAAGCGUGGUGAUUCGAAUGUCAAAAAGAGUGGUGAAAGAGUCAUGGAGUGGAUAGCUGAAGCAAUUCAUCGCGGAGUUGAACACCUAGACGUAGUAAACGAGACGUAUAUACGACGUGCUAUUGAUUUCAUGCCUAAGUAUCUUUACGUGAGCAAGAGGUUAGUGUCUCUGAGUCUCGUAAACGUAGGGCUUGAGGAACCCAAGUUUGAAGUAUCCCUACCUUGUCUCAAGAGCAUACAUCUAGACAACGUUUGUUACAUGGGAGAUGAUGGUCUCGUGAUUACGGAGAGGCUCAUCUCAGGGUCUCCUGUGUUGAAAACUCUUACCACGGACGUUCCUGCUUUAAAGAAGAAGCCACAGGAAACCGUAUCCAGAGAGGCGCCUUGGUGUUUGGAGCAUGUCAAGAUCAACAAACUGACAAUGAAGGAGGAGCACUAUGGGAUUAAACUAGUAAACUACUUUCUUGAGAAUUCGCCAGCCUUCAAGAAAAUGACUUCGAAUUCUGAUAUGACCAGUGAAGAGGCAGAGAGCUACAAGAAGCUUCUUACAUCCACAAAGCUAUAUCCCAUGUGUCAAAUCUCUUUGUCUAUUUCACAUGAGGAGGAUUGUGAUUGA